ACUUACCGUGUACAUUUUUCGUGUCUUUACUGAAGCUGUAAGGUUAACUCCUAGUAAACUGACAAUUGUUUGGCUCUUUGGAGAAUCACAGGGCCGUUUGCAUUUGCUCGGACUCUCUCCUAGCGUUUACAACCGUGUCGCAGAGAGCUAGCUAUGUGGCUAACGUUAGCUCCCUGGACGUUAGCUGUGUCGCUAGCUUGUUUAGUACCGAAAACAGACUCAUGCACCCAUUAUCGGACGCACCCCACUCUUAAAGCUUAAAACGUUUAAAUACUUAACUAUUUAACGAGUACAGUCGAAAUUAGUGCCGGACAUAUUGUCUCACAAAUGCUCUCUCGUUUAUGUAACGUUUAUGUGGGACUACACAGCUCUAAAUUGGUAUACAAGCUAAAAUUGUUCCCUUCUGAAGAAGCGCAUCCGCCUCGGUUAGCGAAGGAGGAGCAAUUGGCGGUCUCGAUCAUUUCUGUUGUCAUUGGUACUUAGCGUUGUAUUUGUGGGUGAUACUUCAGAUUUCCACUCUGGCGUGACAACUGGUGGCUGUGACGAUGCAGGAAAUGACCUAGAGGCCUUACAGAUACAUUUGUGCUUUUGUCACUCUAAUCUGCAUCCGCUGAGAACAGCGAGAUCUGGAAGCACACUUGUUUCCGCAGUGAGUAAUAUCUACCUCAGCCAGCAGACAGGGGAGAAACCAGGAAGCUGGUGGAGACUUCAGACAGGCAGACGGAGCUAUCAGCUGGCCACUCGCUCACUGCCUGAUGAGUCCUGCUUUGUGAAGAGGAUUAGAGACGGACUGGAUCUGUCUGCCCUUCGCCUCCUACAGCUCCUCUACCAGCCAGUACACAAGAAGAGCUGAGGCCACAUUCUCUAAUUCCAGCAUUUACUCAUUUGUGUGUGUGUGUGUGUGUAUUUUUUUAAAUAAUUUUCCAUCUGUGCUGUUGACCAGUGUCUCAUUUUCCAUGGAUACACCUUUGCUGUCAGCUUUUAAAAGGAUCAUCUACUUUUAUUGGUGCAGGCUGGUAUAGUUUAUAUAUGUACAGACUUAUGUGUAUACUCUAUAUACUGUAUGAAGAAGUUUUCUCCCCACGCUGAAGGAAAAUUGAUGCACUUUAAGAUUGUCUUGGCUGUACAAUACAGAGUGUUUUUGACUUUUCUCCACUACUAUGAUCAUUUUGUUUGAAGCUGGAAACAGAGAAACUGGAGGUGUGUCUGCUGUUUUUAAGCUGGGCCUGAUGCAUCUGCAGCAGGGCUGCAUGUAAGCAUUUUACUCAGCCUGCCAGUUUUUUUUUGAUCGCCCUCCAUCCUAUCCCACUUCUGUGCUGCCUCUCUAAAAGGCACACUGAGAUGAGCCUCUGGCAGGUGGAAUCCUUGAGCUUUCUUUUUACAGAACCUGAACAGUUUUAGGACUGUUGGAUUUGAGUUUGUUGUUUUGGAAAGAGGACUAGAGCACUUUGUGCAGAAAACAACAAAGACUAAAAACAGGAGCUUCCGGUGCUGUUGCACCACUUAUGUAUUGUUGCAGUGCGCAGGAAAGUAAAAUGGACUACAAGCGUCGCUUUUUGCUCGGCGGGUCCAAGCAGAAAGUGCAACAGCACCAGCAGUACCAGAUGCCUGAACUGAGCCGGACCCUGAGCGCCUCCCUAGUCUCCUCUUGCUCGGCCUCUUCACCCAUGGGCACUGGGGUGGGCAUGACUGGCAGCUGCCACCCACCUCCCUCUGGUGCCACCACCGCGGUUGCUGAUAUCCAGCAAGGCAUCUCUAAAUACUUGGAUGCCCUCAAUGUGUUCUGCAGGGCCAGCGCCUUCCUAACAGACCUGUUCAGCAGUGUGUUCAGGAACUCUCAUUAUUCCAAAGCAGCUAUGCAACUGAAGGACGUGCAGGAACACGUCAUGGAGGCGGCCAGCAGGCUGACUGCAGCAAUAAAGCCUGAAAUUGCAAAGAUGCUGAUGGAGCUGAGUGCCGGGGCCGCUAACUUCAAAGACCAGAAUGACUUCAGUCUGCAGGAUGUUGAGGUACUGGGUCGAUGCUUCCUCACGGUGAUGCAGGUCCAUUUCCAGUUUCUUUCACAGGCCUUGCAGAAGGUCCAGCCUGUGGCCCAGUCAUGUCUGGCAGAGGCUUUGGCCCAGGCCCAGGAGCGUUGCACUAAUACCCGCUCCCAAAGCUCUGACCUCGGGCCCCUUACAGAGCUGGAGGAAGCCUCCCGCUCAUGGAAAGGUGUAGCUGAGGCCACAGCAAGGUUAAGAGAGAGGGGCCGGGACGGCUGCCUGGCAGGCAUCCAGGUUCAGCAACUGUUCUGUUCCAACACCACCACCAUCCCUGAGCACCAGCUGAAGGAGCUCAAUAUGAAGAUUGACAAUGCUUUACAGGCUUACAAAGCAGCACUAGAAAGCCUGGGCCACAGUGAAUAUGCUCUUAAGGCUGGGUUUCAUCUGAACCCCAAAUCUGUGGAGGCAGCAUUACAGGGCUGCUGCAGUGAGGCAGAGGCCCAGCAGGCGGGCAGGAUGCAGACCACCUCCCAGCCGAUCCAGUGCGAGCUACCUACGAUCCCUGUGCAGAUCGGCUCACAUUUCCUCAAAGGAGUGUCCUUUAAUGAGUCAGCGGCAGAAAACCUCAAACUAAAGACGCACACAAUGCUGCAGCUCAUAAAGGAUGCACUGGGCCAGAACGGAGUGACUCCAAGAGACGACUCUCCUGUCACAGAAGUCCUCAACCAAGUCUGCCCAUCUAGUUGGAGAGGAGCCUGUAAGACAGCUGUCCAGCUUCUGUUUGCACAGGCUGGUCUGGUGGUGGUUGACACAGCUCAGAUUGAAAACAAGGAGGCCUAUGCUCCACAGAUCACUCUGGAGGGAUCCAAAGUGGUUGUUCAGGUACCCUCUACAUGGUGUCUGAAGGAGGACCCAGCCACGAUGUCCCUGCUCCAGCGGAGCCUGGACCCGGAGAAGACUCUAGGCCUUGUAGAUGUGCUCUACACAGCAGUGUUUGACAUCAACAGGUGGAAGGAAAGAAAAGAGCAAGCCUUGCCAACUAUCCAGAUUCAGCUACAGCGUGAGACCCCAGACUAUGGCGGCCAGGCAGACCUGCCUCCUGGGACCAGCUCUAAGACCUCCAGUGGACUGCCGAAGACAAUAUCUAAGUUGACAUCCAAGUUCACCAAGAAGGUCUCAUCCAGCUCUCAUAAUAGUGGAGGCAGUUAUUCCAUUCCUAGCACCCCAUCUCGCAGCAUGCUAACAACCAGUAACUCUGAGGAGAAGGCCAAGAACCUGGGUCACAGUGAUGGGAGGCUGCAGAGCAUCCUGCAGAUGGGCAGCCUCUCUUGCACUGCUGACUCCACCCAGCAAAACCAGCUGGCCAAUGGCUUGGUGUCCGAGGACCAGGGGAUGAACCUCCCCACUGACCAAGAGAUGCAGGAUGUCAUUGACUUUCUCUCAGGAUUUAAUAUGGGCAAAUCCCAGCAGGCCUCGCCCCUGGUCAAGAGGAGGAACUCUGUGGCAUCUGCUAACCCCGCUGAGCUGAAGCCCCCCAGUGGACCUCCACCGACUUCCCAGGCCAUCUCUCACAGUGCUCUCCAGCCCCCGCCUCAGACCUUGCCCCAGCCUCAGCCUCAACCACAGCCUCCUCCAUCAGUGCCGAAGCAGCAGCCUCAGCCACAACCGCAGCCACCUCCUCCACCGCAACAACAGCCUCAGCCUCAACAGCAGCAGCAGCAGCAGCCGCCACCUCCUCCUCCUCAGCAGCCCUCUCCACAGGCCCUUCAGUACUACCAGCACCUCCUGCAGCCCAUCAGUCAGCAGCAGCCUCCUCCUCCUCAGCUUCCUCCUCAGCAGACCCCACCUCAGGUUCUGCCUCAACAACGAGUGGCAAGCAAGUGGCUCAGCACAUCGGGCCAGCAGCCUCCUCCACAGGGCCCCCCUGCAGGGCUUUCACCCCUGGGUCCCAUCGGCCAAUGGAGCUCACCUGGACUGCCAGACUUGAGCUCAGACUUAUACAGCCUUGGCCUGGUCAGCACAUACAUGGACAGUGUCAUGACAGAGAUGUUGGGUCAGAAGCCCCAGGGGCCCCGAAACAACACCUGGCCCAACAGGGACCAGAGUGAAGGAGUGUUUGGAGUCUUAGGAGACACACUGCCCUUUGAUCCAGCAGUUGGCUCUGACCCCGAAUUUGCACGUUACGUUGCCGGUGUCAGUCAGGCCAUGCAGCAGAAAAGGCAGGUGCAGCACAUCCGUCGGCCCAGUAACAGUCGCAGUAACUGGCCAAUGCCUGAUGAGCAGCAGCACAGGACCUGGUCCCACCCAGAAUACUACAGUGAGGGGGAGGCUGUAAACAGCAGCUGGUCAGCCAAUCAGGGGGAUUCGGCCAGCUCCAGCGAUGAGACAUCCUCAGCCAAUGGCGACAGUCUGUUCUCCAUGUUUUCUGGGCCAGACCUUGUGGCAGCAGUUAAGCAGAGGAGAAAACACAGCUGUGGUGAGCCGGAGGUGUGCACACUGCCCUCACCACCACUCCAUCACAUCGGGGAUGACAACCAGGACAGCAAAACGAAAACCUGGCCCCCAAAAGCACCGUGGCAGCACUCCAACACCAACACCAUGCCCAAUCCCAGCUCUUCCUUGUACCAGAUGAACAUCCCUCCUUCCUCGCAGUGGAGUGACUCCAUGCAGAUGCUCCAGUCUCCUGUGUGGUCCACCGCCAGUGACUGCUCCCCCUCGACGGGCAUCUCCUCUGGUUUUCCCUUCACCCAGCAGCAGCAGCAGCAACAGCAGCAGCAACAGCAGCAGCAGCAACACAAACCCAUGACCAAGGGCUUUAAAUCCUUCCCCCUCAAACACGAGCACAGACCCUCCUACCUUCACCAGUACUGAUGGCGAUGCAGCGGUCCGAUGGUGAAGCAAAGCGCAGUGGAGGGUCUGUAGCUCUGUCAGAUGAGCCACAGAGUGGGCCAAGGUGCACACAUGAUAGUCCACACCCACUAAAUUGGAAAAUUUCAGCCUGAGGCUCUCCAGCCUGCCAGGUAAAAUUAAGUAUACACACUGGCUCAACAUUUUUGUAUCUAUAUUUUUCCAUGCCAAACAUGCCCAUUUGAAAGAGAGACAUAUUUUACAGUUUUUCGAACUGCCAUGUUUUAACUACAACAGAUGCAUGUGUUCCGCCGGCAGCAGUUAGUCUAUUGGUCGUUUCUCUGUCUGUUGAGCUGACCUAGUGCGUCUCCUCAGACUAGAGCUGGAGACAUGCGCGGCCGUCACCGACUUGGUUCUGCGGCUGAAAGUGUGUGUACAGGUGAGGAAUCACAGGAGGGCAUGGGGCUUGAAGCGUUCUCCUUUUGCCCAUAAUAAAUAUACUGUGUCUACAUAGCUGUAACUGCCAAAUCUCACGCAAGAUGACCCAGAAUACAGCUACCAUCUACUGUUUCAUAGCUUGUAAAAUACUGAAGUUGAAAUAUAAAUAUUUAGUUCUUUUUAUUAAGAGGCUUUGAGCAGGCUCAGCGUAAAUAUAGUAAGUCACUGCAGAGGUGUAAUUUGAGAGAAAUACACUACUUUUUCAACAACUGACCAGAGUUAAGAAUUAUAGCAGUAACUAUGUGCCAUGUUGGUAUUGAUAGCACUUGCAGAUUAUUAUUUCCAACCAAAGCGUUGUUCAGAAAAUGAAUGGUGCUGAAGAGAUAAGAGGUGGUCUGAGAUUAUUAUAGAGAAGCGGUGAAGUUACAAACCCUACUGGUUGUGAGCAUUGGGGAACAUCUUCACAAACAGAAGCGCAUUCAUUUAUUUCUUCCUCUAAUUGGCAGUUGUUUGUUCCAGAUUGACACUAACUCCCAUGAACCUAACUUUUUUGUUUUGUUUAAUAAUACAAUAUUUUCUUGUACAAUUAUUGACAGUAUUAAUCUUAUUUUUGUAUUUUCUUACAUGUUAUACCAUUACUGUAUGUUAGUAUUCUUGUAGACAUAUUACAUAAAACAUUAUUUUUCACCUCCCAAUAUGUGAAAAGCACAUUUUUUUCCUACAGAGUGGAUCUACACCAUCUAUCUAUAAACGUUACCAAAUAUGCCAUGCUAAACACUAAAACAUUGUGUGAUGAGGGUGUUUUUGAGCCCUUGUUUCUUCGGUUUCUAUGGCAAUGGGCUGAAUUUAAGCGCCCAGAAUGUUCUUUUUGUGAUGUUUGCGGAUGCCAAUGUUGCCUGUAUUUAUGAAAUGACACCAUGUUUUCAGAAAACUAACAUACUUAACAUGUUUACAGAGAAUUGUUUGCUGUAUAUACAUAUAAAUGUAUAUCUUUUUAUAGUUAAUGUGCUUUGCACAAUCAAGAUAUAGGGUUUGUUGCUUUUUGUCUGUGUUAUCUCCCUAACUGUUGCAGCCUUUUUUAAUGACAUCAUUACAGACCUUGGACUGUAACUGUUAGCUUCUCAGCUGUGUCAAAUGGUUUACUAGUGGCUUCUACAAAAUAAAAAAAGAAUAAAAACAUGUUGCCCUGAUAGAAGAUAUGAAGGGGGACUGCUUGGCUUAUGUUGCUUAUUGUUCUCUUGAGCUGGCAACUGAAUCUUUCCAAGUGUACCAGCAAUGCAAAAAAUGAAUAAAAAUGACUAGCAAUUCAAAA